GUUCAAAGGAUUGUUCUGGAGUCAGCCCAUGAACAUGGAUGGAGCAUCACGACUCAUCCAGGUUGUCAAUCUUGGUCGUAUGGGAUUCAGAGCUGCAGAGCAGGUCCAGAACAAAUACAAACAGAAACAUUUUGAUUUUUUCCAUGGAAGAACACCAUCUGCAGAUAAUACUUUGUUGUUAGUUGAGCAUGAUCCUGUGUAUACGAUAGGAAUCAGAAGCAAAAACUAUGAUGAAGAAAUUGAGGAAAAAUUACUCUGCACUGGAGCAGACUUUGUCCGAACAGACAGAGGUGGACUUAUAACAUUCCAUGGGCCUGGACAAUUGGUUGCUUAUCCAGUUAUAAACUUAAAACAUUUUAAACCUAGCAUGAAGUGGUAUGUGUGUGCAUUGGAGAAAACCAUGAUUGAUACCUGUAAAAAAUUUGGUUUAAAGGCAAAUGCUGAUCAAGAAACAGGCGUGUGGAUUGAAGAUAGAAAAAUAGGAGCAAUAGGAAUACAUGGAAGUCGUUAUGUGACAACUCAUGGGAUAUCUUUGAACUGUAACACAGACUUAGACUGGUAUAAACAUAUUGUACCUUGUGGAAUAGAAGACAAGGGGGUCACAUCCAUCACUGAGGAAGUCGGAUUGGAGGUCAAAGUUCAAGAUAUUUUAUGGCCAUUUUUGGAGAGCUUUAAGGGACAGUUUAAUUGUGAUCUGUCAUUUGAACAUCUCUCAAAACAAGACCUUUCACUCAUAGAAGAAAGUGAAAAGAAAUGUAAACAAAUGAUUUUAGAAUCAGCAAUAAGAAAGAAGAAUCAUAUACAUGUGUAGGGUUUUGUGCUUUAUUUCAAUAAAUUAUUAUCAACCAUCAGAUUGUAAA